CUCUCUUCUUCCUGCUUCCUCCUUGCUGUGGUGGCUGGGAUGCUUCUCCCAUGAUAUUUUGAAUCUAGACUGGGCUGUUCUCUGUUAAACCAAUCAGUUACGACCUUCUCUUAACAGUGUGAAGUGAGGGGGGCCUUCUCCCUCCUUCCUCCUCCCCCUGUGAUCCACCUUCCCUUUUUACCCUGCCCUGCGGCGGCUCUGCCCCUUACCUUCAUGGACGACUCAGAGGUGGAGUCGACCGCCAGCAUCUUGGCCUCUGUGAAGGAACAAGAGGCCCAGUUUGAGAAGCUGACCCGGGCGCUGGAGGAGGAACGGCGCCACGUCUCGGCGCAACUGGAACGCGUCCGGGUCUCACCACAAGAUGCCAACCCGCUCAUGGCCAACGGCACCCUCACCCGCCGGCAUCAGAACGGCCGGUUUGUGGGCGAUGUUGACCUUGAGCGACAGAAAUUUUCAGAUCUAAAACUCAACGGACCCCAGGAUCACAGUCACCUUUUGUAUAGCACCAUCCCCAGGAUGCAGGAGCCAGGGCAGAUUGUGGAGACCUACACGGAGGAGGACCCAGAGGGAGCCAUGUCUGUUGUCUCUGUGGAGACCUCGGAUGAUGGAACCACUCGGCGCACAGAGACCACAGUCAAGAAAGUAGUGAAGACUGUGACAACACGGACAGUCCAGCCAGUCCCUAUGGGACCAGAUGGGCUGCCUGUAGAUGCCUCAUCAGUUUCGAACAACUAUAUCCAGACUCUGGGUCGUGACUUCCGCAAGAAUGGCAAUGGGGGCCCUGGCCCCUAUGUGGGGCAAGCAGGCACUGCUACCCUUCCCAGGAACUUUCACUACCCUCCUGAUGGAUAUAGCCGCCACUAUGAAGAUGGUUAUCCAAGUAGCAGUGACAACUAUGGCAGUCUGUCCCGGGUGACCCGCAUUGAGGAGCGGUAUAGGCCCAGCAUGGAAGGUUACCGGGCACCCAGUAGACAGGAUGUCUAUGGGCCCCAGCCACAGGUUCGGGUAGGUGGGAGCAGUGUGGAUCUGCAUCGUUUUCAUCCAGAGCCUUAUGGGCUCGAGGAUGACCAGCGUAGCAUGGGCUACGAUGACGUGGAUUACGGCAUGAUGUCUGAUUAUGGCACUGGCCGUCGGACUGGGACACCCUCUGACCCUCGGCGACGCCUCAGGAGCUAUGAAGACAUGAUUGGUGAGGAGGUGCCACCAGACCAGUACUAUUGGGCUCCUUUGGCCCAGCAUGAACGGGGAAGUUUAGCAAGCUUGGAUAGCCUGCGCAAGGGAGGGCCUCCACCCCCAAACUGGAGACAGCCAGAGCUGCCGGAGGUUAUAGCCAUGCUAGGAUUCCGUUUGGAUGCUGUCAAGUCCAAUGCAGCUGCAUACCUGCAACACUUGUGCUACCGCAAUGACAAGGUGAAGACUGACGUUCGGAAGCUCAAGGGUAUCCCAGUACUGGUGGGGUUGUUAGACCACCCCAAAAAAGAAGUGCACCUUGGAGCCUGUGGAGCUCUCAAGAAUAUCUCUUUUGGGCGUGACCAGGAUAACAAGAUUGCUAUAAAAAACUGUGAUGGUGUUCCUGCUCUUGUGCGAUUACUCCGAAAGGCUCGUGAUAUGGACCUCACUGAAGUUAUUACUGGAACCCUGUGGAAUCUCUCAUCCCAUGACUCAAUCAAAAUGGAGAUUGUGGACCAUGCACUGCAUGCCUUGACAGAUGAAGUGAUCAUUCCGCAUUCUGGUUGGGAGCGGGAACCUAGUGAAGAUUGUAAGCCACGCCAUAUCGAAUGGGAGUCUGUGCUCACUAACACAGCUGGCUGCCUUAGGAAUGUCAGCUCGGAGAGGAGUGAAGCUCGCCGGAAACUUCGGGAAUGUGACGGUUUGGUGGAUGCUCUCAUUUUCAUUGUUCAGGCUGAGAUUGGACAGAAAGAUUCAGACAGCAAGCUUGUGGAGAACUGUGUUUGCCUCCUUCGGAACUUGUCGUAUCAAGUUCACCGAGAAAUCCCACAAGCAGAACGUUACCAAGAGGCACCUCCCAAUGUUGCCAGCAGUACUGGGCCACAUGCUGCCAGUUGCUUUGGGGCCAAGAAAGGCAAAGGGAAAAAACCCACAGAGGAUCCAACAAAUGAUACAGUGGAUUUCCCUAAAAGAACUAGUCCUGCUCGAGGCUAUGAACUUUUAUUUCAGCCAGAGGUGGUUCGGAUAUACAUCUCACUCCUCAAGGAGAGCAAGAAUCCUGCCAUCCUAGAAGCCUCAGCCGGGGCCAUCCAGAACUUGUGUGCUGGGCGCUGGACAUAUGGUCGAUAUAUCCGCUCAGCUCUGCGUCAAGAGAAGGCUCUUUCUGCCAUUGCUGACCUCCUGACCAAUGAACAUGAGCGGGUCGUGAAAGCUGCCUCUGGAGCACUGAGAAAUCUGGCUGUGGAUGCUCGCAACAAAGAAUUAAUUGGUAAACAUGCUAUUCCUAACUUGGUAAAGAAUCUGCCAGGAGGGCAACAGAGCUCUUCCCAGAAUUUCUCUGAGGACACUGUGGUCUCUGUUUUGAAUACCAUCAAUGAAGUUAUUGCUGAGAACUUGGAGGCUGCCAAAAAGCUUCGAGAAACGCAGGGUAUUGAGAAGCUGGUUUUGAUCAACAAAUCAGGGAACCGCUCAGAAAAAGAAGUUCGAGCAGCAGCGCUUGUAUUACAGACAAUCUGGGGAUAUAAGGAACUGCGGAAGCCACUGGAAAAAGAAGGAUGGAAGAAGUCAGACUUUCAGGUGAAUCUAAACAAUGCUUCUCGAAGCCAGAGCAGUCAUUCAUAUGAUGAUAGCACUCUCCUUCUCAUUGAUCGGAACCAGAAAUCAGAUAAGAAACCUGAUCGGGAAGAAAUUCAGAUGAGCAGUAUGGGAUCAAACACAAAAUCAUUAGAUAACAACUAUUCCACACUGAAUGAGAGAGGAGACCACAAUAGAACACUGGAUCGAUCCGGGGAUCUAGGCGAAAUGGAGCCAUUGAAGGGAACGCCCCUGAUGCAGAAGAUUUAGCACCACUCUCUCCGCUACAUCUGGGCUUAUAAUAUAUGUACUUUUAUUUUUUGGUGGUGAAAUGGACUGAUGAUUUUUCCCUUUCUUCGCUGGACUGUUGUGCCCACUGCCACACUGCCUCCUGCCCUUGUAGCCCUAAGUGGCUGCCUUCUUUCCAUCAACUCCCUAACUUCUUCCAGUGAAGCUUAAUUGUCCCUCCUCCCCCCUCCAGAUCCCCUGCAAUUACUCCCAAGAAGCCUGACUCAGUUAUAUGCAUAUCUUGAGAAACUGCUGCAGAUUAGCUCUUUUUGCCAGCUCUCCCUGGAACUCUUGGCCUUGUGUGGAGGGAGGGAGAGAGUGGGAAUCCUCACUGGAAGCUAUGGGAAGAAUUGGAAGUUAUAUGCU